AGCACCCGUAUCUCUGACGUCACAAUUCUUUUCUGAGGCAGCCAUACUCCAACCUCGUGGGCGAAAGCGAUCUCACAAGUCUGCCAAAUAAGCCAGGGCAAACAUGAAUCCAGAAAAAUUAAAGCAGUUGCAGGCCAAGGCAGACCAAGUGCGAAUUGGAGGCAAGGGCUCAGCCAGACGAAAGAAGAAGGUCAUCCAUAGAACAGCUACAACAGAUGAUAAAAAACUACAAAGUUCAUUGAAAAAACUUUCAGUCAAUUCUAUACCAGGCAUUGAAGAGGUAAACAUGAUUAAGGAGGAUGGACAGGUGAUCCAUUUUAACAACCCGAAAGUUCAGGCUUCUUUAGCUGCCAACACCUUUGCAAUCACAGGACACGCCGAAAUGAAACAAAUAGCUGAAAUGCUUCCUGGUAUUUUGAAUCAGCUUGGGGCUGAAAGCUUGAGCAGUCUCAAGAAAUUGGCUUCUUCUGUUGCCAGUGGUAUGGCUGCUGGUGAUACCUCAAAGCAAAAUGCUGGAGAUAUUGACGACGAUGAUGAAGUUCCAGAGUUGGUUGGAAACUUUGAUGAAGCUUCAAAAGGGGAGGGGGUGUGACUGCAAACCCAAGAGGCAGCUUGACAUCCACAAUAUUCGUGUAUCAACACCCUGGCCUCUUCACACCCUGAAUCCACUGCCUGCCCUUGUUUGCAUCUUUUUAGUGAGAAAACAGCUCUUUGUAAAUUGCCUCUGUAAAUUCCAACUGCAAAUACAAGCAACUCUUUUUCCUUUAACUUUGUUGCUUUGUCAUUGCUUUAUGUUCUGCGUUUCCUGAGUGUAUUUGUGGUUCAAGGGCUGUAUUAAUCUUGAGGGUGACCUUGAGUUGGACUCCCAAUUACAAUGCAGUUUUGAAUGAAAAUAAAGUGACAUUUUUUA